AUGAAUUUCACAUUCAAAGGCUUAAAAAAUCAAUCGUAUACCAAUUUACCAGAGAUUAAAAAUUUUGGGAUGUCUGAAACACCUACUUUAAAGACUUCAAAAAACAACUUUAGUAAAUGAGUGGAGCACCUUAAUUGCUCGACUCCAAAUUUAAGCAAGUUGCCUGAAAUUAAACCAUUCAACGGUAGGAGACUAGAAACUACUCAAACUUUGCCAAAUAUUCUUCUCACAGACCGAGCUAUACCUCGCUUAAACCCAUCAACAGUCUCAAAUUCAUCAUUUGGAAAAAUUAAAGCAUACGCAGCCAAUACUCAUCAAGGACUAACUCGAAUUUAUAAUGAAGACAAAGCAAUGAUUAUUCUCAAAAUUAAAAAUACAUCACACCCCGCAAAAAAGAUAUGAACAGAUUGCUCUUUUUUCGGGCUUUACGAUGGGCAUGGUGGCAAAGCUUGCUCUAACUUCUUAAGAGAUAAUUUGCACCAUUAUAUAAUAAAUGAUCAUUUUUUUCCUGAAUCUCCAAAGCAAGCUAUAUUAAGAGGAUUUGCACAGGCUGAGAUAGAUUUCUUAAAUGUAGCAAGGGACACUGGUGAAAAAUCAGGAUCUUGUGCCCUUGUAGUCCUCAUUAUAGGAAAAAUUUGCUAUGUGGCCAAUCUCGGGGAUUCAAGAGCAGUCAUGAGUGGAUCUCAGGGCCAGCAGGUUUUCACAAUUACAAGGGACCAUAAACCAAAUGACCCAGAUGAGCAAGCUAGAAUUCAAUUACAAGGCGGAAAAAUUUACUUUAACUCGAGCUCACCGAACAAGAUUUACAGAGUAUUACCUGGAAGACUUUCUGUUAGCAGAACUUUUGGAGACAUUGAUGCUAAAAAUGCUGAUUUCGGAGGAAAUCCAAAUGUCCUUAUUGCUAUUCCAGAGAUAAAAUCAUUUAAAAUCAAAAAGCAGCAUGAUUUCAUUGUGAUGGGAUGUGAUGGAAUUUUUGAUGUAAUGAGCUCGAAAGAUGUAGUGACAACUGUGUGAGAAAGCAAUAAAAAAUCUGAGGAUUUAGCUUCAAAUUCUUGCAGGAAUGCAGUCGAAGCAAUAAUCUCACAAAGCAUGAAAAAAAGAAGUAAUGAUAAUCUUACAGCAAUUAUCAUCGCUUUUUGAAUAUAA